AUGGCCGUCUACGUCUGGCUAGCAGCUGCGCUGCUCGUCGCGGUAGUUAUUAUCCAGAAAAGCCACGAACAAAGAAUUCCGAAGCUUGACUUUCCCGUCGUCGGCAAGCCGGGUGAUACGGACUUUUCAGGCGCGCUCCUCGAGGGUUACCAGAAGUAUCCCAACAGCCCCUUCAUCAUCCCGGUUAGCCCACCCCGCGUUGUGUUGCCAAUGGCGUUCUUCCAGGAGGCCAUUCACGCGCCAGAGAGCCAGAUUUCCUUCAUGAAAGACGUCUAUGAUUCGUUCCAAGGCAAAUACACUCAUGUUGGCAUCCCAAACCCUGCUAUCAUCAUGAGCAUCCGCUCCGACUUGACCAAGAACAUUCCCCGAAUCCUCGCCUUGAUCCAGAACGAGAGCCGGCAUGCCUUCGACAAGGAGCUAGGAAACCCCACAGAAUGGAAGGCAAUUCCCCUCUAUGCCAAAAUGCUGCGCAUAGUUGCCCUCCUUAGCGGCCGAGUCUUUGUCGGAUUGCCCGUGUCUCGCGAAGAGGAAUGGAUUCAGGCUAGCAUCAACUACGCUACUGAUAUCGGCGCGGUUUUGCGUGCGUCUCAGAAGUGGAAUUACCUCAUCCGACCUUUUGUUGCUCCAUUCUUGCCCGAAAUUAGGAAGGCUCAGAAUGACUUAAAGAUCGGCCUCAAGUGGGUGGCGCCCCUGGUUUCCGAGAUCAUGAGUGGACGUGGCGGCGAGAGGUCAGGGCCUGUCAAGGCUGGGACAAAGGGAGCAUUCAUUUCUUGGAUGCUCAACUACUUGCCCGAGCAUAAAAAGACUGCAGGGACAGUUGGCACUAACCAGAUGCUCAUCUCCUUUGCGUCUAUCCAUACGACAUCCAUGACUGGGACUUUUUCCUUACGAGAUGAGGUUGAGCAAGUUAUCCAAGAGGACGGUAUGGAGUUGGAUGAAUACGGGAACCCAUUUAUCAGAAAAUCCUCAUUCCAGAAGAUGUGGAAGCUCGAUAGCUUCGUGAAGGAGAGUCAACGCUGGAAUCCGCUUGGCUUCGGUGAGUUGAUCCCUCGACAAGUUGUCUCGGCCCUGCCACCUGACAAGUUGACCUUGCCCAAAGGCACGCGUGUUACCUGGCCUAUGUGGGGAAUCUACAACUCCACGGAGACAACCACAUUCAGUCCCGAGUACAAUGUUGCAGCGGGUAAUCCUGGACCCGAGGUUUUUGAUGGCUUCCGCUUCGCUAGACUGCGUGAGGUCCCUGGCCGUGAAACGAAGCACCAGGCCGUCGCCACAAGUCAGGAAUCAUUGAACUUUGGCCAUGGCCCGCAUGCCUGUCCCGGACGAUUUUUCGCCAUCUAUGUAAUUAAGGCCCUCAUGAUCGACCUCAUCCGUCACUAUGACAUCCGUCUGAAAGACGGUAAGCAGCCUAACCACGGGAUUGACCAACUCGCCAAAAGACCCGACUUCACAGCUAUGCUGGAGGUCCGGAAGCGCGCUACAUAA